AUGCAGAUCUUAGUAGAUACAUUCAGGCUGUCAGCAAUAGAUAAAGAUGGUAAGCUGUACUCAAAUGUCUCAAGAGCACAUAUGGAAUCAACAGACUCCUCACUCGUUCUAGACUACAACUCUGUUCUAUGUAAACUCGAAUCAGGUCACACCGUUGAAAUCAGAAUACUGAAAGGAUUCAAUGACAACAUCGAAUGCCAUUACUUGAUGCAUGGAAAAGUAUACUGUGUAGAUAAUAAAGGCAGCAGAACAAUACUAAAGGCGUCAUUUGGAGGGCUCUUACUCAUCAUCGACUCACCUAGGGAAAAAAUCAACAGCAUCAGAGAUAAAGAUGAGAUAACCUUGGCAUUGACAUUCAUGUAG